UCAGGUGGCAGUUACAAUAUUUUCCUUCUGAGGGUGUCUUUAAAGGAGCAGACAGACUUCUGAAGGAGGAAUUGAAUCAGUGGGUUCCAAGAUAAGCAGGAAGCCAUGCCUGAACCAAAGAAACCAGUCCCAAAGGGAAAGCCACGGGCAACUCCUUCCCCAGUGCCACCACGUGAUAUAGCUUCACCAGCAUCUUUACCAGAUGAUGACACUCCUCUCGAUGACGUGACACAUGAGCUGACAGGUCUGUUUGUGGAAAGGCCUGAAUCGAUAACUGCUGAAGCUGGACAUGAUAUUACCUUCAUUGCCAAAGUUGAUGCAAGUUCCCUGAGAACAAAACCAGCAGUCAAAUGGUUUAAAGGGAAAUGGCUGGAUCUUCAAAGCAAAUCUGGGCAACACUUUCAGUUUAAGCAUAGUCAUGACCGUGCCACUAAUAUCUACACAUUUGAGAUGAAAAUAGUUAAGGUGGGUAUUCCAGAUACCGGAAGCUAUCGUUGUGAGGUGGUAUCUAAAGAGAAGAUGGACAGCUGCCAUUUUGAUCUGUCUGUGGAAGUUGCUUCCAGUGAGAGCGAUAACAUUUUGCAGGCCUUCAAGAGAACUGGAGAAGCAAAAGAAGAUGCGGGGGAACUGGACUUCAGUGCACUCUUAAAGAAACGAGAGGUGAAGGUAGAACAAGCAGAGCCAGACAUUGAUGUCUGGGACCUGUUAAAAAAAGCCAAACCCAGUGAAUAUGAGAAGAUUGCCUUUCAAUAUGGUAUUACUGAUCUGCGAGGUUUACUGAAACGGCUGAAGAAGAUGAAAGUGGAAGUUAAAAAGAGUGACGCUUUUGCCAAGAAGUUGGACACAGCAUACCAAGUGGAUAAAGGAAACAAAAUCAAGCUUGUGGUGGAGAUUGAAAACCCAGACGAUGAAGUUAAAUGGUAUAAGAAUGGUCAAGAGAUCAAACCAAGUGCAAAGUAUAUCUUUGAAAGGGUGGGAAAGAAAAGGAUACUGACAAUCAACAAGUGCACACUGGCUGAUGAUGCUGCUUACGAAUGUGCCAUUGGUGAAGAGAAAUGCAACACUGAGGUCUUUGUUAGAGAGCCUCCUGUUCUUAUAGAACGCCCCCUGGAUGACCAACAAGUUUUUGUUGAAGACAGAGCCGAAUUUGAGGUACAUGUAUCAGAGGAAGGAGCACAAGUUAUGUGGAAAAAAGAUGGUGUAGAGCUUACACGAGAGGAGACCUUCAAGUACCGCUUUAAAAAAGAUGGAAAGAAGCACUUCCUCAUAAUCAAUGAGGCCACAAAGGAGGAUUCUGGAAAAUACCAAGUCUUCACCAAUGGAGGACAGUCAGAGGCUUUCCUUAUUGUGGAAGACAAGGUGCUGGAGGUGCUACAAAGCAUUGCUGACCUAACUGUGAAAGCAACUGAACAGGCAGCGUUCAAGUGUGAGGUGUCUGAUGAAAAGGUGACUGGAAAAUGGUUUAAGAAUGGCGUUGAGAUCCAUGCAAGCAAGCGCAUUACCAUGGUUCAUAAGGGCAGGUUUCACAAACUGGUCAUUGAUGAUGUCCAUCCAGAGGAUGAAGGAGACUACACUUUUAUUCCUGAUGGCUAUGCCCUGUCUCUCUCUGCUAAACUCAACUUCUUAGAGAUCAAGAUUGAGUAUGUCCCUCGGCAGGAACCUCCUAAGAUCCAUCUCGACACCCUGGGGUCUGUUGUGAGCCAGAAUACCAUCAUUCUUGUAGCUGGGAACAAAAUUAGACUGGAUGUCCCAAUUACUGGAGAGCCAGCCCCCACUGUUGCUUGGAGCAAGGCAGACAAGGCUGUAACAGCUACUGAAGGGCGUGUGAGGCUGGAUAACAGAAAAGACGUAAGCUCAUUUGUGAUAGAGACAGCAGAGAGAGAAGAUGAAGGGAAGUACACAAUUGUGGUGACAAACCCAGCAGGAGAAGACCGAGCUGUAAUAAUUAUUAAAGUUGUAGACAUUCCUGAUCCCCCAGAAAAUGUCCGGAUUACUGGAGUUGGUGAAGACACUGCCACUGUGGUAUGGGACACUCCAAAGUAUGAUGGUGGACAGCCUCUCAAAGGUUACUUACUAGAGAGAAAGAAGAAAGGCAGUUCCCGCUGGAUGAAGCUGAACUUUGAACUGUACCAAGACACCACCUAUCAAGCAAUCAACAUGAUUGAGGGAUGCUUCUAUGAGAUGAGAAUUUUUGCUGUCAAUGCCAUUGGUGUUUCUCCACCCAGUCAGUGCUCUAAGCCAUUCAUGCCGAUUGCUCCAACCAGUGAACCCACACAUCUUUCAGUGGAAGAUGUAACAGACACUACAGUCACCUUGAAGUGGAGACCACCAGAAAAAGUGGGAGCUGGUGGUCUUGAUGGAUACUUGAUUGAAUAUCGCAAGGAAGGCACUGAUGAGUGGAUUGUAGCAAACAAAGACCUUGUAGAAAAGAACAGCUACACAGUGAAGAACCUACCGACUGGUGAGAAAAUCGAAUUCCGAGUACGGGCAGUGAAUAUCGCUGGAAAGAGUCCUCCAGUAGUGCUACAACAGGCUGUCACCAUCAGAGAGAUAGUUGAACAACCAAGGAUCAGAUUGCCAAGACACUUGAGACAAACCUUUAUCAAGAAGGUGGGAGAGCAAGUCAAUGUAGUUAUUCCUUUCCAGGGCAAACCACGGCCUCAUGUAUCAUGGCAGAAGGAUGGAAAACCUCUAGAUGCCAAGGAGAUUAAUGUAAGAAGCACAGACUUUGACAGUAUCCUGUUUAUCCGUUCAGCUGAGAGGCAUCACUCCGGCACCUAUACAGUGUCUGUACAAGUUGAGAAUAUGGCGGAUACAGCUAAUGUCAAGAUCCGCAUUGUGGAAAAGCCUGGACCCCCACAGAUAGUGAAGAUUACUGAUGUCUGGGGAUUCAAUGCUUCCAUUGAGUGGACACCACCAAAGGAUGAUGGGAAUUCUGAAAUCACUGGUUACACAAUUCAGAAGGCAGACAAGAAGACUAUGGAGUGGUUCACAAUAUAUGAACACAACCGUCAUACCCACUGCACCAUCUCUGACUUAAUCAUGGGCAAUGAGUAUUACUUCCGUGUUUUCAGUGAGAAUGUCUGUGGUCUGAGUGAAAAUCCAUGUACAACUAAAAACACGGCGGUUAUCAAAAAGACUGGUAUUGCAUACAGCCCUCCAGGAUAUAAGGAACACGAUUUUGCCCAUGCACCUAAAUUUAUCACUCCACUGAUUAACCGUUCAGUAAUAGCAGGUUACAGUACUGCUAUUAGCUGUGCUGUCCGAGGACAUCCAAAGCCUAAGGUACUCUGGAUGAAGAACAGGGUUGUGAUAAGUGAAGACCCCAAGUAUCUGAUGAAAAAUAAUCAAGGAGUUCUGACCCUAAAUAUCAGGAAACCAAGCCCCUUCGAUGGAGGCACGUACACCUGCAAGGCUGUGAAUGACUUGGGUGAGGCAGAAGUGGAGUGCAAAGUUGAAGUCAGAGUGCCACAGUAGAAUGAAAUCCAUGAAUAACAAGCAAAGACAGUCUCCAAAAUGGAUUUCAUCCCACAUGGAAUUUGUUUCAUCUCACCAAGCAACAAAGGGCUGUGGAACAAAAUAUCAGCAACAAGAGGAUGCUUUAGUUAUAUGUCUUAAAUUGUAUAUUUUUAUGUAGAACAUUUUCCAUUUUCUGUUAUGCAGCUGGAUUCUGGUCCCUGGAAAUAACAUAGUAACCACUGGAUCAAGCACAGGGAACACAUGGCUUUACCACAGCUGGAAAUCAGAGUGAUGUCUGGCCACAGUCCUCUCGGUGUUUCUGCCGCACUAAUGUGGAUAAUGCUGCAUUAAAAUAUCCCACAGAUGAAUAUUUAUUGUUUAUGCUUCAAUUUCUGUGCAUGGACUAAAACAUAAGAACAAACUUCAUUCUGCAUAUAAGAAUGACAAUGAUUUCUUUUUUGUACUUUAUUCUUGUUGUAUAUUAAAUUUUAUUUAUUUUUUAAGGAUUGUUGACAACUGAUGAAGUCUUCUGAAGUAGAACAAUGUGGUCAUGGGAAAGUGUUGGAUUGUUCUAGCAAUUAGAAGUUGUGAAUAUUGCACAGAAAGUUAAUGUUGUGAAGUAGUAAUAUAUUUCACCCUGCAGCCAUGUAUUUGUUUUAUUCUGUCUCUGCGUCCAUACUGUGUGAAUGUAAGAAGUCACUUUUCCAGACUGAAUUUAUCCCUAAAAAGAAGCACUUCUGCAAAGUUGGUAUAACCUCAUUAAAAAAUAAAGUGAAAGCAAACUCCUUCUGCCAUCCGUCACCCUUGCACUGUGAUUAAAAUUUGCAAAGCGCAGAGUGAACAAAUAAACAGACGAAAAGAAUAAAUCAAGCUAUAGCAGACUGCAGACUUCCACUACUAAGCAAUGCUGGUUUCAGAACUGACAGACGAGUAAAUGGUUGCAAAAUUAUUGAGAAAGUAUUCCAGAGAGUAAUUCAAAGACGGUCAAGGAUAAAUUAUUGCUUAUGUAUACCACUGUUUUUGCCAGCAUUUGGAUUUUUCUUUUAUUAAACUACUGGAAGUACUAAUAAAUACUGGAAUGUAAUGUGAAAAAAAUUAUAAAUUGACAUUAUAUAUAGUGACAGAGUGGCCUAUAUUUAGGUUGGUAAUUAUGUAUUUAGGUAGGCACUGUAUUGUUCCACUGAAGGUGUCCAUGUGACACUUUCUACAAAUGUGAAAUGUAGCAUCUCUAAAUAAAGUGACACAAUCAUGCCAAAUAAAUAUUUUGAGUGAUCACUGAAAUUUAUCAGUGUCAUAUA